AUGAAGUUCACUGGAAUCGUCGCUUCUCUGGCUGUUGCCAGCUCUGCCUCUGCUCUGGCCAUCCCUCAGACCCCCGUUGAUGCCACCGCCACCCUGAGCCAGCUGAACAAUGCUCUCAACAAUGUUGAGGGUCUCGUCGGUGGUCUCCUCGGCGGCGUCUGCCAGGAGGUCGACCUCACCCAGGUCCAGACCGAACUCAUCGACAUCAAGGGCCAGCUGACCAAGCUCGUCCCUGUCUCUGCUGCCACCAAGCGUGAUAUCACGGGCACGGCUAGCAAUGUUGCUGCGCCCGCGACCAGUGCCGCCGGUAGCGAAGUCGGCAAUGUUGAGGGUGCUGUUCAGCCCGUCACCAAUGUCGCUGGCGGCGCAGUCAACACCGUUCAGGGUGUUGCUAAGCCUGUCACCGAUGUGGCCGGUGGCGCAGUCAACACCGUUCAGGGUGUUGCUAAGCCUGUCACCGAUGUCGCCGGUGGCGCUGUUGACACCGUCAAGAACACUGCUGGCGGCGCUGUUGGCGCCGUUAAGAACACUGCCUCUGGUGCCGUCAACACUGUUACUGGCACCGUCGGCGUCAACACCCUUGCGCAAAACCUGGUCAGCAAGGUUAAGAGCGGUGCCCUCGACGCUGCUGGUGUCCAGAACGUCCUCGACACUGUCAGCCAGGCUGGUGGUCUCUCUCCUGCUUCCCUCACCUCCAUCCUUGGGGGUCUCCUUUAA